CACCUCCCCUUCCACUCCACUACUCAUCUCGCAUCAUCAACCAGCAUUCGUUUCCAUUUCAGCAUUGCAUUCGACAUCCAUGGCUGCCCAGCCCGCAAAAUCGCCACGGGCGCCACUCGGCGAGCUCCCCUUGGCGGCAUUCGCGCCACCCCUCCACCACCUGAACGCGCCUCCUUCGCCAGUCUCCCUGCCCGGAAAGCGUGGCCCCCCAACAGAUACCAACGGUGAUGCUGUGGCCUCGGCGACCCCAAAGCGACGGGUGUAUGGCACAAUAGCGGAGCGCAUUGUCACGCUGGAUACCGACGACUUGGGCACUGGCAAAAGCCCUGCUCGCAAGCUGUUCGCUGAGCGACCAGCCCCUGCCUCCACCCCAUCCGUUUCCACUCCCGUUUUCCUGGUGCCCUCCCCGGCUCUUGCAUCUUCUUCCCGUCGGCGCCCGUUACUGCAGCCUGUGCCCAUGACCGUCGAGCCGGCCUCGACGCAACCAGACGUUCACGAUGUCGGGUUUGUCAUCUUCUCCGACGAGUAUGCCCUCCCUCGUCCCCUCCCGCCUCAAUCGAGCUCGCACAGCAGCCAUUCAGUGGAGGAGAGCAACGAUGAGAACGCUGCACCAGAGCGCUCACUGCCGACCGUCCCAUUACCAACCACGCCAAACACUGCGCGCCGGAUUCGCGCCUUUGAACGGAGCAGACUGGGAGUUGAGAUUGUCUCAGCUUCGAGAUCACCACCCUCGGACGAUGAGCCGCCGGCCGUCUCAUCGAAUGACAAGGACGCGUUGAAGCGUGAGGUGGACACUGUAUAGGCUUCUGCCACCCCCUCACCUCACGCCGCCUUCGCUUGUACAACCUCACCAUAUUCCGACCAUGUACCUCUAUAGCCAUCCAAUGUCCCUUGC